GAACAGGAAAUGAGACCUACUGCUUCUGCUUGGAUGCUAGUUAGUGCCAUAACGUCAAUGCUAACUUAGGAAAUCUUAUUUGAAAGCUAAAAGGGCACAACAAGUUUUGUACUGGUAGUUGACAGUACUUGCAAGGGAAUUUGUUCGGCUCUCGGAGAAAAUGGAGGCAGACGAAAAUCCACCUGAUAUCAGAUCAACGUCAGCGUUGAAAAACCAAGAUUUAAGUUUCCUUCAGUUAAACGUUGCUGUGCUCUUGGCUGAUUAUGGCUGGUAUCUUCUAUGCUUGUGUAUUGGAGUUUACGUGGUGCUUCAACAUUUGCAAAAGAAGAGGCCCCGUCAGGACCAAAGUGCUACUCCAGGAGAAGUUCCAGGUCCUAAAGAUCCCGUAUCUGUAGUGAGGCGCCAAGAGGCAUUGGAGGCUGCAAGGAAAAAGAUGCAAGAGGAGCUAGAUGCGAAAGCUGCUCUUUUCCUAGAAAGACAGCAGGAGCUCGAAGAGGAGAAGAGACAACAGAAGAUAGAGAAGUGGGAGAGUAUGAAAGAAGGAAAGAGUUUCAAAGGGAAUUCCAGGGUCACACAGAAUUCUGAUGAAGCCGGUUCAUCAACAGUGCUGAAGCCAAAGUCUGAUAAAAAGUCUCUGCGCAGUACUGGAUACAAUCCCCUGAGCGGUGCAGGUGGGGGCAGUUGCGCUUGGAGACCAGGGAGAAGAGGUCCAUCAGCAGGCGGAUGAGGUUAAGCUUCGUCAGAGGGAAGCAGUCACAGACACCUUCCUCCCCUGACGUUUUAAAUGUAGGACUGCCAAACUGUUGACUGAAUGAAGCUGUCGCCUCCCACAAUGUUCCAGACCUAUUGCUCUAAAUCUCAUAGCCUCUCUCCGUUUCUCAUGGUUGAUUUAUGGAAAUUCAUGACUUUAACAAGUGCGUCGUUUCAGUUUGCUUUUUAGUAUUCUACUAAAAAGUGACCAAACCAUUUGCGUUGGCACAGAGGCAGCCUUUUCCAAGGGUCUCGUACUACCCAAGCAUUGCCUGUUUUCUUUUCCAGCAUUAUGUUUGACUAUUGGCGUCAUCAUGAACUUCAUUGCCAUUUCAUCUGGCAGGGUCACGAAUGUUGUGUUCUGCUGUACAACUCCUAUGAUGUAAUGUAAUGUAAGCAUGAUGUAAUCUUUGGAGGAACAUAAUCUUUCGACCAGGUAAGAUCAGAGGAAUAUUCUAUGAAGCGAGAUUAGUGGUGGGAAGAGCUUAAAGCCAGUAGUGUGUUCUAAUGUGACAAACCGAGGUAAACGCAACGAGGCAAUUGCCUCAAACAUUUACCUCUGCUUGCCAAAUUUGAACGCACCUCUGGAAUUUGGGCUGUUGUUUCGUAGUGCACCCCUCUGAUCUCUGAAAUGGGCUCAUGUUCCUUAUUGAGGGUCUCUGUCACCUUAUUGCAUCUUUAUUAAAUUUCAAUGUAUAUCAAUGCAGGUUAGUACUAGAACAGCACUGCAGUCCGUGUCCGUAUAUGGAAACUGUGAAUGUUACAUCAUCAGUUAAUCAGUUUAUCACUUUACUGGAUGACUAGCCAUUUUUCAGCAGUAUGGCAUUGUGAGAUGGACAGCUUUUAAAUGACGCCUACCUUGUAAAUGGCAGACAUGCCACUGGGGAUGGCUGAAAAUCAGUCAAAGGUUGUGCACUUUUUUUUUUUUUUAAGCAUCGUAGUUGAAACGUUGCACUACAAAAACAGUAAGACUUAGUUUGCUUUCAAAUGCUGUAUCAAUACAUUUGACAUCUAUUUGACACCAAUCUAUCAGUACAACUAUUUAAUAUAUAUGUUCUGUUACAGAAUUUGCCUAAAUGUUUCAGUUAAUCAGAGUGUUUACCUUUCAUGAUUUGUUUGCACGCAACUAGUUUCACAAUAAAAUCCCUCAAAUAAA